AUUUUGUGUUGAAGGCCAAUCGUAAAGCUACAAGCAUUCGUCGGAAAAAUGUCUUCGCAAGUGUAGUCUUGUGUUCCUUUCAAUAAUUUACUACCAUUUAUUAUCCAAACGCAGUUGUACUCGCUGUAAUAAUAACGGCAUAACUUAUUUGUGUUUCAAUACCUCUGUUUAUAAGUGCUGCAGAUAUGGCUGACGAGAUGGAUCCUUGCGAGUGCCUGUGGAAUCAUGAGCUGGCGAUGCGUCGGCUUAUCUCUCUGCUCCGUCAAGGUCAGUCAUACUGCACAGAAAAUGAAUGCCUGGACGAGUUCCCGAGUCUACCAUCACCGCCGCAGUCGUCUGCAAACAGUUUCAUGGUGAUGUUCCUCAUGAUGGCUCUCGCACUUGCCAUGUACGCUAUGCGCCCGCGCCGCAACCAGAUACAAGAUUCUGCAAAGCCUUCGCGCAAUUCUCAGGAUCAUGACGGAGCACCUCCAACGCCUCCAAGAAUAUAAACUGAAGAGGUUUGUAAAGGGAUCACGCUAACAAUGAAUUCCAGUAAUUGUAUUAUAUAGUAAAUUGUACCGCACCAAGUUGUGGACACAAGAACGUCAUCACAACUAAUGUGUAGAUGAGUAAGAUCUUGUAUAGGUAUUAUGUACUGAUAAGUUUAUAAUAUAAACGAUUGGAAGUUUCGAAAAUGUAUAACGAUUCAUUUCGCUGUUGCUGCCUUGCCUUUGAAAUUUAACCUAGAAUAGGCGUCACAAUAAGAUCUUUGAAGUAUGAUGGUUAUAAUGGUUCGGUCUCCGUUUACUGUUUCUUUUUUCUCGCUAUUUAUCAUCUGGUGCUAUAUUGUUUCAUCUAUUUAUUUAGACCAAUAAUAUAUGAGUAUUAUAACAGAUGUUUCAUUGUUCAUUCAGUUUGAUAAUAAUAUGAAAUAAAUAUAUUUAUAAAUAUUUUGCACAUAAUGCACAUGUUUAUUGCACUACAUGAAAAUAAUUACACAUUACGCAAGUGCAAUAAUAUUAUCAUAAUUAUCUGAAUCUGCAAUCUAGAUCUGAUUUUUGAAGUAUUACAAUGAAGCGAUGGUGAAUAUGGUCACGUUUUUACUGACGUAACGCGACGAAGUACGGAAUCGAUUGAAAGCAAAGACAUUUAUAGCUUGAAUUUGUAAUCAAAUGUCGUUUUGCAAUUGCAGUUAUACAUAGUGCAGUACGUUGCUAUUGUACUGCCAGUUAUAUAAUAACGUUGUUGUUUUGAGAAUGUCACGCGGGCAACAAGGAAAAUUUAUGUCAAAAGGGUUCAUUUUACGAGAUUGUGAACAGCUCAAUAAAUGAGAUGAUUAAAACGUCUCUCUAAUCGUGAUGAGCAAGUCUCUACAUAGUUUGCCUUGCCAGUACUGCAAAUCCAAAUUUGCAAUUAUACUUUAUUUAAUUUUUGCUUGAUUAGUAAUUACACUUAAAAAGUGAGAUGAGAAAAAUAAAAUAUAAGUAUUAUAAGUACUAAUUGUACAUUAUAUAAUUAUGAAAUUAGUUUUGCCGAAAAAUUGUUUAGUUAUUUUUUAUUUUUCUGGUCCAACUUGCAUUAUUAUUCCACUAGGUUUAGUUCAACUUGGGUUGGGUUAUAUUUACAACCAUUUUUCAUUUUGUGAGUUAUUAUGUACACGUUAUGUAUUUUUUUAUUAUGACAAAACCGAUCGAGAUUAUAUCUAUCCAGAUAAUAAAGAUAAUUGUAAAAUA